AUGGAUCGUGGAAAUUACACUGAUCGAUUGCAAGCAGCAUAUAAAACACUUCGAAUAAUUGACAUCGAAAUGGAAACAAUUCCGUAUGAGAAAUGUAUAACCGGAUUCGAAGACGAGCCAAUUGUUUCUCUCGAAGAAGCAGUUAAGCCACUUUGGAAAAUUUUACCAGCUGUUGACAUGUUUGCAUAUGCUGCCAAACAACUAUGCAUAAAGCCACCGCCCGAUGGACUGACCGUCGAUGAGUCAGCUUCAGUUAUGCUCUAUUCAAUGGGCUGGCAACCGCUUACCGAAUGUGUUUUUCACGCAUUAAAUACUGCGGUAGGUGGUGCUCACUUUGAAGAUAUAGGACCUUGGUGUCCGUAUUUGAAAUUAUUUCUUACUGCGCUGUCGCGUCUUCCACCUAUUCAACGAACUGUGUAUCGCUCAGUUGACGCUGCGAUCGUAGAAUUUUAUGCCGGUGAAAAGAGCUUUUGUUGGCGAGGAUUUACCGCAUGUUCGAAUUGGCGUGAUGCUUUCCAGCCUGUAUAUACUGCGAGUGAUGUGAAAAAGCGAGCAAUUUUUUCAAUUAAAGCUAAAACAGUGAGAGAUAUUAGUAAACAUUGUUAUCUAUCUAAGGAAGACGAAUUUAUUUUCCUACCUGGAACAACAUUUAUCAACCAUGGUUGUACCUAUCAAUCGGAAAAUGAAUGCGUCCUUAAAGUGGAAGAAUACGGAUCGACUGCAUUGUUUAAUUACAAAUUUUUCGAUGAAAAACUAGCAGUCGUGAUUCCUGAAAUGCAAGAAAUUGAUCCAGAUUUUGCACGAUACAUCGAAGAACACACUAGUAAGAAAGAGCAUCCACAAGAAUCAGCUGCCACCGAUUCUUUAACCACAGUACAUGUCGAUAUGACCACAAAGAAAAAAUGGAUGCAAAAGGCUGAAACCGUUGCUGGAGGUGUCGGGGAUGGACAGGGAUUUAAUCAAUUGAGAAACCCUUCAUCGAUCUAUCUUCACGACGAUCAAACCUUGUAUAUCGUUGAUGGUGACAAUCAUCGAAUUGUUGCAUGGAAGCCAAAAUCAACAAGUGGUGAAGUAAUAGUCGGCGGACACGAUCCAAAAGAUAAUAUGUAUCGAUUGCAUAAGCCGGUGGAUAUUGUUUAUGACAAAACCACACGUCGCUUUAUUAUUGCUGACUUGGGAAACAAAAGAGUUGUUCAAUGGUCAAUAGGAGAUACCGAUGGGAAAAGUUUUAUAGACAACGUUCGAUGCACUGCUCUAGCAAUUGAUAAUCAUGGGUAUCUUUAUAUAGGUGAUGAAGACGACGGUUCUGUUCGUCGAUGGACAAUGAACACUAACGAUGAAACAAAGAAGGAAAAAAGUGGAUUGGUGUUUUUUCUAGAUUCUGAAAGAAACGAAGCAAGAUCGUGUGAAAGGAAUCAAAUUGACCGCGUUACAGUCGCUGGUGGACAUGGACGAGGAAAAGGUUUGAGUCAAUUGAGUAAUCCAAAUCGUAUUUUUGUUGAUAAUGAUCAAACCGUAUACGUAUCUGACCGAGAUAAUCACCGAGUAAUGAAAUGGACAAAAGAUGCUACAGAAGGAAUUGUUGUAGCAGGUGGCCACGGACAAGGAGAUAGUCUCAAACAUGUAUCAGAUCCUCAAGGAAUCUUUGUUGAUCGAUCAGGUGAUGUUUAUGUAGCUGAUGCUAUCAAUAAUCGUGUUGUUUGUUGGCCCAAAAAUGCUGAACAAGGAUACGUCGUCGUUGGUGACAAAGGCGAAGGAGCACAAGCGGAUCAACUCUAUUGUCCACAAGAUAUUACAUUCGAUCAAGAAGGAAAUCUGUAUGUUGCCGAUUCGCGCAAUCAUCGAAUACAAAAAUUUAAUCUUGAUAAAAAUUAA